AUGAACCCUGAAAGUAUGGACAUGGAACCAGAUCAUGCUGAAUCUGUAAUAGAGAAAUCGGAUACAAAAUUAUCUUUCUCUAUUGAAAGUUUACUGGCUAAUAAAUUCGAUAGUGGUGCCAGAGAUAAAGAAGAAUAUCCGUCGACUAGUGCUUUAAGUACUUUUUCAAAUAGUACCAGAGAUAGUGAGGUGCAUUGUGAUUCAGAUGAUGAAAGUAAUCAGAGUUCUGAAAAUGUUGACGUGGAUGGUUCAGGUGGCGGCGACGGCCAAGACUAUUUGGAUGAGAAGCACGUUGAUUAUCAACAAUCAGGAUCCAGCAUAUCCAGAGGGAAACGUGCUAGAACAGCUUUCAGCGCACAACAGAUAAAGAGCUUAGAAGCAGAAUUUGAGAAGAACCGAUUGCCUCCAACGCAACAACAACAAUGGAUGAAAACUAUCAGCAACGUCGCUAACACAAACCCACAUAAUCAAAUAAUCGACAGAAAUAUGUUCAGAGCCUUACCGAAACCCGAUAUACCACCAUUUAUGAUCUCACCUCCGUACGCGAACGAAAGAGUUUUUAAUUUGGAACGCAGCCUUAGUAUGCACGGAAAUGUCAAAAUUCCUACACAAAAUCGUAUUGUACCGCGAGAAGUUUAUAAUAACAUGGCGACAGCCCAAAGAAAUUUAGAUAUGUACAAAAAUAAUAUUUUAAAUCAUAACAGCCCCCCACAAGAGUCCAACGUAGAUCAUUUGAGAAGACUGGAGGAAAAUUUUAGUAUAUAAGUUUAUUGCUCACAUAUUUCUAGUCUAUAGUGUAAACAAAUCAUAUUUAAAAGUUCUAAAACCAAUAAAAAUAAAAGUUUUCAUAAGAUUAUUGUAGUUUUAUUUUACUGUACUAUAAUACUGUUAAUGUAAGCCACCAAAAAAAAAAAAAAGGAAACAAAAUAAUAAAUUAAUAUUAGACAACAUCACAACGUUGCUCAGAUUCCAAGAUUUGUAUUGACCAAAUUCUACACAGUGACGCCUCAGGUUAUAUAAGACUGUGAAAUUAUUCUGAUCAAUUUAAAUCCAUGAAGAUAAAGUUUAAAUCGUUAAUCUGUUUAACUUCUCAUAGACUUUUAAUGGCAAUGCAAUAAGAUGAAAUAAAGCAUUGGCGAAUACUCUAAUAAAUUUUACAAAAUAAUAGUUUAUCUACUUUCAUUUUGUGAAAACACAAGAUAAAUACGAAUUAGGUGACGUCUUGCGAGUCGCGACCAAUCAAAAUAACGU